AUGGCAACCAAACCCUCAACUCCAUGGGCCGACACACCCUUCCCCCUCCUCGCAAUCCCCGGCACCCGCGGCGCCCCCAUGAGCUCAAACCCGAGCGUCCUCCACACCUGCAUCGAAAUGGCAAACGUGCACAACCUGCUCCUUAGCGGGUUAAACUCCAUCUACAACCAAGCCCCCUUCGUCACGCUGCCCGCCGACAUCUCCGACCUCAUGCUCUACACCACCGCGUGGGCCGAUACACUUCACCACCACCAUUCCGCCGAGGAAACCCUCUUCUUCCCGCGCAUCGAGGCGCUGGCGCAAGCAGCGGGGCAAGAUUGCGAUAUGACGGGAAACGUGGCGCAACAUCAGGAGUUUGAAGAGGGAUUGGCGGAGAUGGUGGCGUGGGCGAAGGGUGUGAGCGGGGGAGAGGUGGAGUAUGAAGCGGAGGUGCUAAGAGGGUUGAUUGAUGGGUUUGCGCCGGCGUUGACGAGGCAUUUGCAUGAGGAGAUUGAUACGCUUGUGGGGUUGGAGAGGCUGGAUGGGGAGGGGGUGAGGAGGGCGAUGAAGGAGACGGCGGACGAGGGGGCGAGAACGGCGGAUCCGAAUCUCGUCAUACCGUUGAUUAUGGGGUGUUUGGAUAAGAAUUAUCCGGGCAGUGAGGAUUUUCCUCCCCUACCGUUCUUUGUACCUUGGUUGAAUGCGUACUGGUUUUCGAGAAAGCAUGGUGGGUGUUGGAGGUUUAAUCCCAGUGAUCACUGGGGAAGGCCACGGCUGUUGCAUUUUUUGAAGUGA